CAAUCUUACAACAUGUAGAAAAAAAUGUCCUGUUUACUUUAAAACUCUAAACAUCGUAGUAAAACUAGCCUCCAUUAGCGCAGUUUUAAACAUAAGAUAUGACUAGCUGAGUCGGUUUCUCCCUAAACUCCUUGUUUCAGGAGCUCUGAAUGCAGAAGACUGAUUUGUACAGGAAAGGCAAUUGGGUGCAGUAUUGUUUACUGCUAGAGAUGUGACUGGUUGCUUUGUAUGUCAAUCCCACUGAGCACACUGCCACAGCAGGUCAAUAAGCACCGUCCAUGUACACAGUACAAGAGCUAUAGCAGCAGUUUCCAGUUGUGCAGAACAUAUAUUGUACCCAGCCGAAACUACAUGCGUCAAGAAUAACAGCCAUGUCAUUGUUGGAUCAUUUGAGUGAACAUCAUUUAUUAGUGAAAUAUAACACCAAGAAAGAAAUGGAGGAGACACGUGAUGAAGGAAACAUUAGAAAGGAGGAUCAGUGCAACACCGUGAAGGGGUUAAAAGAGAACUGGCAGAAAUGGGCUAACAAUCACUCAGAGUAUCAGAAACACAAUCCCUUCAGUAACAAUAGGACCGUGACUGUGCAAUUCCAGAAAGGAGAGGAAGGCUACGGAAGACCCAGAGAAGGAUCAAGAACACAGCAAAGUGGGCACAGCGCACACGCUCACCUUGAGAAGGAGGUGGACGAACUGUGUAUGAUCAUUAAAAGCAUUGGAGAAGCAGGAGGGGAUGGGCAAACCAGGGUGGCAUUUGGGCCUUUGUUUGAGAGAUAUGUGGCCAUUUCUAAUAAACUUGUAGGGAUCCUGCUGAGGGCCAGAAAGCAUGGGCGGAUUUCCUUUGAGGGGGAGAUGCUGUGGCAGAGAAGAGAUGAUGAUGUGAUCAUUACACUGCUGGAAUGAAACACUUUUAUUUGAUAGCGGUGUAGGUGGUAACGCGAUCAAAGUCAUAGGCAUCUGGAUUAUUCAUUAUAUCAAGUUAAUUAACCUGGGUGUAGCCAGAUCCCAUACACUUAACUCACAAAGGGGUUGGACACAAAAUAGAAACACCUGAAACAACACUGUCAAUAUGAUUUAGGGGAGGGGUGGGCAACUCUGUCCCUUCCAAUUCAGUUCUUUGUGCAAAUCAUGUUCUUAGCUGUUUCAUUGAAUCAAUUCAACAUCCACCCAGGUCCUAAAGCCUAAUUAUUCCAUUAUACCAGCCUGGAGUACAAUGACCCUCCAGGACUGGAGUUGACCCCCUCUGUUUUAGCAUCACUGUGGUCAGACAAGACAACGCUAGACUGCAGUGUUUAUAUUCAAGGUUUAAUGACCAUUGCUCUGUAAAGUCAUCAUGAAACAUGUGCAGCUCACCAACAGAUCUGUCAGCCCUCUACAAAUACUGCCAUCCCAUUGCGAUUCUAACUGACUUACAAAAGGUGCAUCUUGUAUAUAAUUCAAUGCACAUUGGGGAAGCAAAUUAAGUUAUGUGGAAUACAGCCCAUUUAUACAAUAGUGUGUGCUUCAUAUUGCAGGUACACCCCUCUCCAAAAACAUACCUGCUUUGGAGCAGCAAAGCAAAGGGGGGGACACGGACAUCCUUCCCAACAAUGUUGCAGUAUUUUAUACAGCAUUUGUAGUUUAUUUUUUACACUGUAUUCAACAAAUUGCCAAAGUUUUUUUCAGUAGUUUGUAUUUUAAUGUAAUGUUACAUUAUUUGCUAAGGUGUUAGCCUCAGUUGCUAUUAAUUACGUAUUUCAUUUAUUUUUGGCUUUGCUGAAAAUUUAUUUUUUGAUCAAUCUAGAUUUUGUAUUUGUUUUUUCAAUUCCCAGCAUCAUAAAAUCAGCUUUACAAUUUACAGGUCAAUGACUUUGUCAAUCAAUAAAAAAU